AUUUCGAGCCCGGCCCUUUUUCCGUCCGCCCGAUCGGACCCUGGCUCACGAAUCGCGGGAAUAAAAUGGUUUUCCGUCUCUUCGAAUCCGACCCCCGCUUCGGCGCGAUUUCGGGAUUUUUUCGUCGGUAGAGGUCGGAGGGGGACAGGACGGACCCGAUGGGGGUCGGUCGUCGAGGAUCGAAGAGGUGAACCCGCGGAAGCAGGUCCUUAACGAGGGUGGACGUCGAGGCCGCCAAAAUGCUGGCCCCGCAGGACAUGAUGGCCGUCCAGUCGAAGAUGCUUUACCAGAUUAACAAAUACUACGGGGAGCGCGUGCAAGUUAGGAAGGGACAGGUGCAGAAGACCAUCCGAGAGGUGUGCAAGGUGGUGCAGGACGUCCUGAAGGAGGUGGAGGUCCAGGAGCCUCGGUUCAUCUCGUCCCUGACCGAGUGCAACGGGCGCUACGAGGGGCUGGAGGUGGUGUCGCCCGGGGAGUUCGAGGUGGUCCUCUAUCUGAACCAGAUGGGGGUCUUCAACUUCGUGGACGACGGGACUCUUCCGGGGUGCGCGGUCCUCAAGCUGAGCGACGGUCGAAAGAGGUCCAUGUCCCUGUGGGUCGAGUUCAUCACGGCUUCCGGCUACCUCUCGGCGAGGAAGAUCCGCUCCAGGUUCCAGACCCUGGUCGCGCAGGCCUGCGAGAAAUGCGCGUACAGGGACUCCGUCAAGAUGAUCGCGGACACCACCGAGGUCAAGCUCAGGAUCCGGGAACGCUACGUCGUGCAGAUCACUCCUGCCUUCAAGUGUUCCGGGGUCUGGCCGAGAUCGGCCGCCCACUGGCCCAUUCCGCACAUCCCCUGGCCGCAUCCCAACCUGGUGGCGGAGGUCAAAACCGAGGGUUUCGACCUCCUGUCGAAGGAGAGCGUCGCUCUGCAGGGCAAACAGUCGGCCAUGGAGGGCGACGCUUGGGUCUUGUCGUUCACCGAGGCCGAGACCAGGCUCCUUCAGGGUGGAUGUCGCCGGCGCUGUCUGAGCAUCCUCAAGACCCUCAGGGACCGGCACCUCGAUCUUCCGGGAAAUCCCGUCACGAGCUACCACGCCAAGACCCUCUUGCUCUACGAGUGCGAGAAGCACCCUCUGGAGACCGAGUGGGACGAAGGGUGCCUCGCGGAUCGCAUCAACGGCAUCUUCCUGCAGCUCAUAUCUUGCCUUCAGUGCAGAAGGUGUCCGCACUACUUCUUGCCCAGUUUGGACCUCUUCAAGGGCAAGUCGCCCAGCGGCUUGGAGAACGCCGCCAAACAGGUCUGGAGACUCACGAGGGAGCUCUUGACCAACAGUCGCGCCCUGGAGAAACUCUAGCACUUAGCACCGGUCGCGACAGAAUUUCGGAUCGGUGGGACUCUCCCUGUCCCCGGAUCGCGAAAAGUGGAACCCCCGAAAUUCUUGCCACUAGCGGUUCGAGUCCUUUAGCGGAGGGCUAUUUGACUCUCCGCGAAAGCCUCGAUUAUUGCCUAGUUAAUUACUUUGGUACCUAUUAGUGCCCAGUUUAUUGGAACGCAAUGUGAUUUGUUAAUCUUAUCGACGUAUUUAUGAUCGGCUAGCGACGACCCUGGCACGAUUACGUAUCGUUACGUGUAUAUACUUUCGUCCAUGUUUUAUUUAAACGAUAUUUAUUUUAUAUCGAGAUCUCCAUUCGAUGGAUCGCGAUAUGUAAAUAAUAGACUUCUCUAGAGGAAAUUUUAUUGAAAGAAAUGGAGAGGCGUUCUCGGAUUUGGAAUUCGUUACCGUCGCGACGAUACUUUUCGGGGCAACAAUCUAGAAAUCACGGUCAGCUUUGCUCGUUUAGUCGGCAAACGAAUCGAUUGCGUUAAAUCGCCGGAACCAUGUCCCGUCCCUCUGUCGCGAAAUCGCGUCUCGUCCCCGUCACUGCGAGCGGAUUUAUUUAACGGUUAUUUAAUAGGAACGAUAAUAAAUUCUAUUCCGAAAGGAAAAAUUUCCCCCGAAUUACUUACGUUAUUAUACCGGAAGAUGCAUAGUUAAGUUUUAGUAAUUGUUGUAAAUUUAUAAGAUGUUAUUUUCCCGAACAAUCGAAUAGACUAAGGUUACGUUCCAAUUUCGAGUUCCGGACCAAUCGUCCCCCCGAAGAUAUUCCGUUUAGCCAGGAUAUAUCUUUCCGUCGUUUUGGACAAUUACUUAUUACUUUUAUGUAAGUCAUUAAAUACUUGAACGGAACGUCAUAAUAAGCACCCAAUAUCGCAUAGAUCAUGUAACGAACAAU